AUGGCCAGUGUCAAGCAUGUCAUGGUCGAGGCAACGCCGGAUGAGAUUGUCAAGGCCGCAUUCGACAAUAACCACAGAAAAGAGAACACCCUGCGCCAAUACGUUGCACAGACCCUGCGGUUACACGCGCACUUCUUCCAAGGGUCUGAGGAGCUCAAGGAUCUCCGGUGGGUCAAGAGGGAUUGCACCGAACUUAUCGAGUUUCUAAAGAUCGCACAACAGACCGCGUCGAAUCCUCCUUCAAUCCCUCUGGAGGCGACCAUCGUCCACGGCGUUCCUGAAGCGGUCCAGGUGGUAUUGGGCUUGCUGCAGAAGAAGCUUCCGGGGGACAGGAGUCGCUUCAACGGCAUGAGACCUAUGACCAAAACCGGGUGGCAUGUGAUGAAGUUCAGAACGGUGGGUGUCAGAACAUGUAUCAAUGGUUGCAAUCACAAGAGCAAUAACUUCAGCGUCCUGAGCAAUGGGGCGAUACUCCUCUACAGAUGCCUGGGCAGCGAAUGCAUCAAGAAGGCCAAGCGGAUGCUCGGAGUCUAUUUUUGGCCCGAGUGCUUACCUCUGCAAAUCGAUGCAGAUAAUUCGAGAGUUCUGCAAGACUGUCAGAAGUACAUCUGUACAUCAAACGAAAAAGACUCCGAAGCCGCGGCCAAGCAGGAGGUGGCAACUUUGCUUGACAUAGUCGUUAAAGUCAUGAAUCACUAUUUCGGGGUCGUGACCGGCUCCUCCCGGAUCACCUACACCGAGACACUCUUCAAACGCGAUUUGGAUAACAGCCUGAAGCCAUUCAAGAAAAUACUCCGAAGUGGACACGAAUUCACAGAGCGCUGCGAGACGCUGGGCCUCUCCAAGGUGCCGGGGAAGGUCAAAAACGCUGGAGCCUACUGGCGAUCGUCAUCUGCAAGGCGGCAGUAUGAUACAGUGGUAUUCUACCCCAGUCUGAAUGAAGGUAACCCCAAGCAUUUCAACCUCUUCAACGGCCUCAUAUUUGAACCCUUGAAAUCGAAGCUCACCGAGGAAGGAAUGCGAGAAUGCGAAGCAAAAAUUCCGAAGCUCCUAUGGCACAUCAGGUACAUCCUCGCAAAUGGGUGUGAACUGGCUUACAAAUAUAUGAUCUGCUGGCUUGCGCAUGUCAUUCAGAAGCCACACAAGAAGACCGGGGUGGCCCUGGUAAUGAGAUCAAAGCAAGGCAGUGGCAAGAGCGCGCUCUUCGACUUUUUCGGAAUCAUGAUCGUCGGCGUCGAGCUCUACCUCUACUGUCAGGAUCUCGAGAAUGUCAUUGGGUCAUUCAACGCAGUGGCCGCUAACAAGUUGCUAACCGUCUUCGAUGAAGUGAACAGUUGGGGUGGGGCAUACAAGUUGAACAAUAGGCUGAAGAGCAUGAUCACACAAUCCCAGGGCGUUUUGAACAGAAAGGGCGUGGACGCGAUUCAGGUGGACGACUUCCAGAACAUCGUAUUCACGACCAACGAGUAUUGGCCCAUAAAGAAGGAGACCGACGAUAGACGAUACUUUGCGAUGGAAAGUUCAGACAAGAUGAUUCGGAACAAAGCUUAUUUCGCAGCUCUGUUUAAAGAGUUGAACGACGUGGCGGAAACUCCGUACGUCUUUCAUCGGUAUCUAUCAUCCAUCGACAUUUCGGAAUGGAACCCCCAGGACAUUCCACAAACC